AUGGAAUCAAAUUUCAAAAUGGAGUGCUUUAGACACAAAUUAUUAGGAAAUAAAUAAUGCAUAUUAGAAGUUACAUCAGAUAAAAUUAUAAUAACAAACAUUUCAGACUAACCUAAUAAGAGAAAUGAAUUGGACAUAAAUUAUAAUUUAUUUGUUGAUUUUAAAGUUAAGAAAUAAUAACUUUAUGCUAUAGGGUUGAUAACCAAUAAGCAUCAUUGGUAUUAUAGUGAUAAUGAAAAUUUGAUCAAUUUAAAAUAAAUUUUGGGAGCAAGAGUAGUAUUUAAAGGGGUAAAUACAUUAUAUAAUCCAUUAUAAUAAAUUGGACAAGGAACUUUUUCUAAUGUUUAUUUAUUACAAAGUAAAUUAAACAAUUUAGAAUAUUUUGCUUGUAAAUGUUUAGACAAAGCAUAAGUUCAUGAAAAGAUCGGUAGAGUAAUAAAUAUUGUAAUAAUGUUAGUAAGGAUUGUUUGAUGAAAUAUAAGCAAUGGUUGCUUUGAAGCAUUAAAAUAUUGCUGAGCUUUUAGAAGUAUUUGAAGGCGAAGUGUCUUAUUAUAUGGUAAUGUAAUAUUAUGAUCUUGAAUUUACUGAUAUUUUAAAAGAGUUGAAUAAUGAAGAUAUCCACAUAAUAUUUAAAUAAUUAGUAACAGCUGUAAAUUUUAUGCAUGAAAAUGGUUUUAUGCAUAGAGAUUUAAAACCAGAGAACAUAAUGUUCAGCGAUAGUAUAUAUUUUUUGAAACUAAUUGAUUUUGGUUUGACAACAAGAGAUUCAGGUAGAUGUAAAUGUGGUACACCUGGUUAUGUUGCUCCUGAAAUAUUGAAUUUAGAUACAAAAAUUAAUGAAUACAAUGAGAAAUGUGACAUAUUUUCAUUAGGUGUAAUAUUUUAUAAAAUGUAAAACUUAUAAUAAUAUUUUUUAGGCUAACAUUAGAUGAUUUAUUUUAAGGAUCUAAUCAUGAAGAGAUUUUAGAAAAUAAUGCAAGAUGCAAUGUUAAUUUUGAUAUGUUGAAUGGAAAUCAGAAGAUUCCAAAAUAAGCAAUUGACUUAUUAAAAAAGAUGCUAUAAAUAGAUCCAACAUAAAGAAUAGAUUCAAAAUCAAUUUUAGAACAUUAAUAUUUUACUGUAGAGGAAUAAACACAUAAUAAUACAAUAAAUAGUUUGAAUCAACUUUCAAGAAAGCAUUCAUCAGUUCUAAAGAUAUUAUCUCCAAUACAAAAGAAAAAUGGUAUGUUUACUUCUCCUUUUUCAAUGCAUGAGGAUGAUUGCAUAGAAAAGGAAGCUAUUAUGCAACCAAUACCAACAGUUAUAAUGAAAGGAGGAAUUGCUAAAUCAAGAACACCUGGAAGAACUAGAAAGUUAUCUAAAGAUACAACCAAGAAAUAUUAGACUAGCGAUUUUGAGGAUGUUAUUUUAGAAAUUAAAUAAAGUAAUUAUAGACCUCCAAAGCCUAGUUAGUUAUCAGAAAUGUAUAAUAAAUGA